AUGAUGACCAUGACUACGAUGGCUGACGGUCUGGAGGCUCAGGACUCGUCCAAGUCUGCUUUCAUGGAGUUUGGGCAGCAGUCGCACUCACAGCAGAGCUCCCCGUCGAUGGCCAGCGGCCACUACCCGCUGCACUGUCUCCACUCCGGCUCACACGCUCACCACCAGCACGACAACACCGCGUACUCCGGGACCAACACCUACAACAGGUCGUUACCCUACCCCUACGUGAGCCAUGCGCACCACAGCCCGUACCUGCCAUCCUAUCACAGCAACACGGGAGGACAGACAAGGUUAGACGGCACAGAGCAGCAGAAAACGACAGUGAUUGAAAACGGGGAAAUUCGUUUUAAUGGGAAAGGCAAGAAGAUUCGCAAACCUCGGACAAUUUAUUCCAGUUUGCAGCUUCAAGCAUUGAACCAUCGUUUCCAGCAAACACAGUACCUCGCUUUACCGGAACGCGCCGAGCUGGCUGCCUCUCUAGGACUGACACAAACCCAGGUAAAGAUUUGGUUCCAGAAUAAGAGGUCAAAGUUCAAGAAACUGCUGAAGCAAGGCGGCAACCCGCAUGAGAGCGACCCUAUACCGGGCUCCAUGUCCCUCUCCCCUCGCUCCCCGACCAUUCCCCCAAUAUGGGACGUCUCGGCCUCUUCCAAAGGAGUAAACAUGCCGGCCAACAGCUACAUGCCGGGCUACUCUCACUGGUAUUCAUCCCCACAUCAAGAUUCAAUGCAGAGAUAGACUGAUGAGGCGAGGAGGUCAGUGAGCUGUCUGGAGGCCUCCGGAUCUCCGCCAUGCAGUUUCCAACGUAGCCUACAAUUUGUGUCAGCGCAGAGACUGGAUGCUGGAGAGGAGAAAACCCUCCGCUGCUCCUCUGCUGACGGAUAAAAAACGCAGCCAAGCCUCGUUGUGAUGACACAGACAAGGGAACUAACCAUUUUUUUAGCGUACAUGGCUGCUCAGCGGGCUCGCAUAUUUGUUAUGCUUUCAUUCAUGUCAACAUCUGAACGUCAAUAUACCAAAUAUUAUCAGUGACAUUUUAGCCACUUUGGGCAAAGACUGCGUACACUCUCCCCUGCGCUGUGGCGCACAGAACCUUUCGCCAUGGUGGACUCCUGACUGCUUUUUUUUUUGGUUGUUUCUCCAACAUGCAAAACCAAGCAAAUUGUCUGUCUGUAAAUA